AUGGAGCCCGCCGCUGCAGUGACCAACUCGAUCGCCGGCAAGGUGUACGAGGGCGUGAUCUCCGUCGUGUCCUACUUCGCCAUCGAGUACACGUCCAACUGGAACUGGCACUUCGAGGACCUGGGCGCGCUCAUUCCGGCCACGUCCGCCUAA